UCGGGCAACGACACCACCACGUUCAGCGCGAGCGGGAACGCGACCACGACCACCGCCAGUAACGGGACCGUUAUUAGCUUCCCGUCGAUCACCUCGGCCUCGAUGAACUUCACGUCGCUCUCGACGUCCACCAUCCCGCUCACGUCGACGCCGUCAGUGAACUCCGAGUUCACGUUCGUGACGCAGUCCAGCCUGUUCAUCGCCCCGACGAGCAGCUCGACCCCGACCACGACUGCGACGGACCCGGACACGCCUGUGACCACGUUGUCGAUCUCGCCUGUGUCAUCGCAGGCGGCGGACACGAAGCCGACGGCGCCCGCGCUCCCGACGAACCUCCCGCUGCAGAUCUUCCCCGCGGAGGGCUCGCACCCGGGCGACCCGGACCUGUCGAACUACUCGCUCAUCUCGAUCUUGUUCGACUCGGCACUGAACUGGAAGUUCGUCGCGCAGAACUCGACGUCGUCGUCCCAGAUCUUCGCGUGGAUGUCGCCCAUCCUGCAGACCGCGCUCAACCUCACGCAGUCGCAGAUCAAGACGUACGAGCUGAAGGUGUACGCGCCGUCAGACUACACGGGCCCCGACGACAUCGCGCUCCUGCAGACGAUGUGGCUCGGCUGGAUCCCUGGGCAGACCGUCGACGAUCUCGCGCAGCAGCUCAAGGUCACCUCGUCCCUGUUCUACACCGCGCUGCCUUCGCCGUACAAGGACCUCGCAGAGCACGUCGUGUCCUCCUUCCCCGUCACGAACGCCCCCGGGUCAACGAGCACGGAUACGAACAGCGGCGGGAGCAGUGGCGCGUCCUCGUCCGCCUCGUCGUCAUCCAAGACGCGCGAGGACGCGAUCAUCGGCGUCGUGAGCUCCCUCGGUGCGAUCGCGCUCCUCAUCCUCGCGUUCCUCGUGUUCCGCGCAGUCAAGCAGCGCCGCGAGCUUGCGCACCGCAGGCUGUCGGACGCCCCCGGACAGAACGAGUUCAUCGGCGCGCCGCCAGAGGAGGACCACGAGUUCGACCGCGACAGCGUCGGCGGCCAGCGCCGCCGCUCGUUCUACUACGCGGCGGACUCGCUGCGGGGCGCGGAGCCGCAGGCGCCGGUGCAGCAGGUGCCCGCGUACUCGGAGGACCCGUUCAACCCGACGAUGCGCGAGCGCCGCCCGCCGAUCGGCGCGCCGAUCCUGCGCGACAACACGAUGAACUGGUGA